AGACGUGCCAUGGAAUACCUUUAUUCUCAACUCAAACUUCCAACACUUAGAUAUCCCCUAUUUUCAUCAUCACUCUAGAACAUUAUCUUGAAUCGACACUCGCAUCCUCCCAAGCAACUACAAACACCAACCGCCACCAUGGUCCUCGCCCCUCACCCCAACCCCACUGCUCCUGUACUCUCACACUUCGACCUCACAGGCAAAACCGCCCUCGUCACAGGCGGCAGCCGCGGCAUCGGCCUCGAAGUGGCCCGCGGCCUAAGCGAAGCCGGCGCCAAAGUAGCCAUAACCUAUAGCAGUACCCCCUCCGCCGAAGCCGCUCAAAUCGCCUCCUCCAUCUCCUUUGCCAACGGCGGCCGUCCCUUCAAAGCCUACAAGUGCAACGUGCGAUCACGCGUCGACGUUGAUUCGGUAUUCGCCUCUGUCAUCGAAGAACUUGGUGAUGGAAAGCUUGAUAUCGUGGUCGCGAAUGCAGGGAUUGCCGAACAUAUCCCUGCACAGGAGUAUCCGGAGGAUAAGUUUCGCGAGAUGUUCGACGUAAAUGUGAACGGGGCGUUCUGGACGGCGCAGGCGGCGGCGAGGGUGUUUGAGAGGCAGUGGAAGGAGGGUGGGGAGGAUACGCCGCAUCGGGGAUCGCUUAUCUUCACAGCUUCGGUUUCGGCCACGCUGGUGAAUGUUCCGCAGAAGCAGGCCGCGUAUAAUGCGAGCAAGGCCGCAUUGGUGCACCUUUCCAAGUCGUUGGCGGUUGAGUGGGUGGAUUUUAUGAGGGUGAAUUGUGUUUCGCCGGGAUUCAUUGAAACCGAUAUGCUUCUUGUCCACCCCGAGGAGUGGCGGAAACAGUGGUUUGACAUGAUUCCUGGGCGGAGAUUGUGUAAAGCAGCCGAGCUGAAGGGAUCUUAUGUCUACUUGGCAAGUGAUGCUAGCAGUUACAUGACCGGUGCCGACCUGAUCAUUGACGGAGGCUACACACUACCAUAG